AAUAAGUGUACCACGCAAACCCAACAGCUUGCUCGAUCAUCUUCCUCAUUUUUUCUGGUUCCUAUUGUUAAGUUUCCCCCAUCCAAAAAAAGAGAUUGAAAAUAAAUUCCCGACAGUCUCUCAAUUUUCAUGCAAUACUAAACUAGUUUCUUGUAUCGUUCGUUAUUGAUCUGGGUAAGUUUUUUUUUGUCAGAAAAGGAGGGUGAGGCGACUAUGGGAGUAUGGGGGGAACUACCGCUUGGUCCAUCCUCUUCGGAGAAAACUCUUUUUCCUUUAAUCACAUGUUUACUAAAUUUAGUCAAAUUAGCGACGUCCUUUCUCACGUGGGAGUUAUUGUUGCGGCCAGGGGCGGACUCAGGAACAAGAGGCGGAUAUAGCAUUUACAUUGAGCACAAAAGAGAGUAUAUAAUGGCUGCUACUACAUUGGCAUUAAUCCGAGCCCCCAAACUUGAUACAACAACGUUUGGAAAGCUGCUUGCUCCAGCCGGAAGUAUAGGUUCAUCACCAGUACUCCUCAAGUCAAAAUCCAUUACUACAACGACGUACUACUCUCGAAGCAGCAACGUGCAAGUAAAGGCCAGCAGCUCGCCACAAUCAUCUGACUAUUGGAAGAAGAAGUCAAACAACUCAGCUGAUUCAUUCGGAUUUGGGAAUCUGGUGCAAGAUGGUUCUGUUUUUCGUCAAAAUUUCUGUAUCAGGUCCUACGAAAUCGGAGCCAAUGGAACCGCUUCUAUUGAAACAAUGAUGAAUCAUUUGCAGGAGACUGCCCUGAAUCAUGCGAGGGCACUGGGACUAAUGGCUGAUGGGUUUGCUUCAACUCCAGAAAUGUACAAGAGGAAUUUAAUUUGGGUCGUCACUAAAAUGCAAGUUGUCGUGAAUCACUAUCCUACUUGGGGUAAUGUUGUUCAAGUAGACACAUGGAUAGCAGCAUCAGGAAAGAAUGGCAUGCGGCGUGAUUGGCUUCUAAGGGAUGGUUAUACUAAUGAUGUGUUAAUGAAAGGUUCCAGCCGUUGGGUGAUGAUGAAUAAAGAGACAAGGAGAUUAGCCAAACUGUCGGAUGAGGUUCGAGCAGAAUUAGAAAUCCAUUUCGUGGAUACGCCUCCUAUCAUUCAUGAAGACACUAAUAAGCUGCCCAAGCUUGAUGAUCAAAGCCCACACUAUGUUCGAACCGGGUUAACUCCAAAGUGGAAUGACUUUGACCUCAACAAGCACGUGAAUAAUGUCAAGUAUAUCGGAUGGAUUCUCGAAAGUGCACCAUUAGCAUUGUUGGAGAGUCAGGAGAUAGUGGGAAUGGCAUUGGAAUACAGGAGGGAAUGUGGGAAGGACAGUGUAGUGCAAUCUUGUACCUCUCUCCUGCCCAAUCUUGACAACAUUCAGUGUCACCAUUUGCUUCGCCUUCAGACCGGUCCUGAAAUCGUCAACGCAACCACUCACUGGAGACCCAAGCCUUCCCCAGACCUCAACCACAGCUUCCCCCAUUCCUAGCUUUUAAAACGCUCUCAUUUUCUCAAACAUGAAUUAAUAUAUGGUGCGGAGUACUAUGUUAUAAAUUGUGCGGAAUAAAAUACACGAACAUCUGACCAUAAGUAACUUUAUUUCUGCUCACACACUCUGAUUAUUUUUAAUAAAUACUACCUUCGUCCC